ACCUUCGGCUACAAUAGACCAAGUAGGUGUGGGAGGUCGGACCAUUAUACUGAGUAAAAGGUGUGAAGGGGAUUCGAUGAUAAAAGUGUUAUGAGAUAAGGAGCCCAGGAGUGGCCAAAGAGACAAAGGAUACCGAGUCACGACCUUGUCCACCACUAUGUCCACCUACGCAAGCCGGUGGCGUUUGACAAAAGAAGCGGGAUAGUGUAUCUCGAUCUUAGGCAAGGUAAACGUCUUCCGCAGUCGACCCGCUUCAUUGCCUGUCCAUGAGGAAAUGCUGCGAGUUCACAUUGAUUAUCGUUCACCGCCUCAGUCUACUGCACAGCACAACUGCGAUACAACUGAGCAUGCACAAGUAAAUCCCGGUGCCUUCGACCGCUUUGAAGUGACGUAUGGGACACAGUCAAAGACACAGAGGAUCUGAGUAUCGCGGAGAUCAAAUUUCUGGUUGCCACGCAACAUGAAUGUUCCUCAGUCCAGGAGGCACGUACGAUGCCGUCGCAGAAAAGAACGACUACUGAAGUACUGAAGUCCAGACUCCAGGACAGGAGUGGGGACAAUGUACAAACAGGAAAACAAUGUUGCCGAUGCAAUCUCCGUGUAGGGCACUGUGACAGAAAAUGUCACCGGGUUGGCGGCCCGCCUGACGAGUCAUUCAACAAUUAACCGAAGAGUCAGAAAGCCAAUGAGCCAAACCAGGCUUGUGAGUUGUCCGGGCUGAGCUUCAGCCAGACAUAAUACCACGAAGAAAGAAGUAAGUAGCAAGCUACUUACAAAUUGAUCAACUAAAAUGGCAGUCCAAAGUUUACCUGCGGACUUCUACACUUCUUUCUUGUCCAAGGAGGCAAAAGAGAGAAGACCUAGCCCUAUUCGAAGUCUUUUCCCAUUGGAAGCUACACCGGGCUUAAUAUCUCUCCUUGUGGGAAAACCAAACGCGUCGACCUUCCCGUUUACUUCCCUCCAGUUCACUGCUCGUUCGCCAACUGAUCCAAGUAAGGAGACUUCACAGACGCUUACUGGCGAUGAGCUGGCGGAAGGUCUGCAGUACGGACCAACGGCUGGUAUUCCCUCUUUGAUCGAAUGGGUUCAUGGACUACAAGAAAAGGUACACGGACGCAAGAAAGGCGAAGGUUGGAGGGUAAGUAUUGGCUCUGGAUCUCAAGAUAUCAUCUACAAGGCCGUGCAUGCUAUGGUCAACCCUGGUGACGCCGUUCUCGUGGAAUCACCUGUCUAUGCUGGCGUGAUUCCGAUAUUCCAUACUUUGAAUAACGAGAUGGUCGAGGUUGCCACUGACGCCAACGGAAUCGUGUCAAGUUCUCUUCGAUCGAUUCUGGAAAACUGGCCUGUAGAAAAGCCUAAGCCGAAGGUCCUGUAUACUGUACCUUAUGGGUGUAAUCCUACUGGAAUGACUGCUACAGUCGAGCGCCGAAGGGAAGUUCUGGCAUUAGCUCGAGAGCACAAUUUCUUGAUCCUAGAAGAUGAUCCUUACUUCUAUUUGUACUAUGGCCCCAAUCCCAGACCACCUUCCUACUUUGCACUCGAACUGGAAGAACCAGAGGUUGGACGUGUUCUGCGCUUCGACAGUCUUUCAAAGAUCCUGUCGUCUGGUAUCCGAAUUGGCUUCACAAGUGGACCCGCGCCAAUUGUGAAUGCUCUUGAUGGACAUACUGCAACUGCGAACCUGCAAACACCGUCAUUGACCCAGACGAUUGUCUUCGCGCUCCUGGACUCGUGGGGUUACGACAACUUCCUCACACAUACCGAGAACGUUUCAAAAUUCUACAAAGAAAAGAGAGACGUAUUCGAAGCAGCUAUGCAGAAACAUCUCGGAGGACUUGCCGAGUGGACUCCUCCAGAGUCAGGGAUGUUCUACUGGUUCAAGCUUCUGCUGCCAAGUACUUCCGACUCUGAUUCGGAAGGUGACUCUGAGGCUCUUAUUACUACUAAGGCGUUCGAAAACGGCGUUCUCGCGCUACCUGGGACGGCAUUCUUGCCCAAUGGUAGGAAGACUGCCUAUGUUCGGGCUUCAUUUUCUCUGCUUUCUGAGUCGCAGGUCGAUGAGGCUUUGAGGAGGUUGCGCGAAGUCAUCCUAGAAGCUCAGAAUUUAUCUCUGAUAUAUAACGUAUUCCACGAGCUGCGCUGGUUUCCCCGCGUUGCAUGCUUUUACUUUGAAUGCAAUCGAGCGCAUGUUGGAAAUUGAACUUCCUGCGAGCUUGACCGCAACUGCGUUGAAGCGUUAUUAUCGUUGCCCUCCGCAUACCCCUUUCUUCACGAUGUCAACAUCCAAGGGAAGGGUAAAGCCGAAGCGUAGCUCAAACUUGAGAAACGAAUUGCACUUUCCUGUCUGCAACGAGUGUCCAAGUUAUGACGAUCUUGAUUUACGCUACUAUCCCGAUUAUGGUCCCUUUUCUUCCCUACACUGGCGUUUCCUUGGUGAAAUUAUAGACGCGACCUGCUUCGCAAGGCUUGUUAUCGACGUUCUUGACAUCGAAGGCACCACGUGUCGCGUGGUUCUACGACGAGGACGACGAGCUCAAUGGCAGACAAUUCUUGGAUAAGAGUAUCAUAUCAGAGACUGAAAAGUGCAAAGUGGAAUACACCGUUGCGAUUCUC